AGCCUGGCACUUGGUAUUCCACCAAGCAGCUACUGGGUCACCUUUCUCCGUAGCACUUCGGAGAACUUUGGAACAGGAAAAGCGGGAAAGGAGCUUCUCUCCGACGGUAUUUUUUCGGCUGCUCUUCGGCUGGAGAAAAAGCUGAAAAUGAAGAAAGUCAUGCUGCUUUUGGUCAUGCUCUUCCUCUCUUCCGCACAUGCCGUGGGGGAAGAUCUGGAAGACCAGCACGAAUUGAACUACUGGGCGGAUUGGUCCGACGGAGGCGAGCAGAACCAGGCGAGUGCGCCGGAUUGUGUUGACGGAGCGCCACGUUCUCCUUUCCAAACUGAGGCCGCCAGUGAAAAAGAGCGAUUGCUUCCUGAUGUCGCUCGUUCCCGCGCGCUUUCUAGCCGUUGUUGCGUUCUUAGCGAGAAGUUGCCUUUCCCUUUUGAACACUUUCUUCAGAGGAUUGCCAGAAGACCCAGACCCCAGCAAUUCUACGGCUUAAUGGGAAAACGGGAUGCUGGAUAUAGCCCUGUCUCACGCAAAAGAUAUAAAACUGACUCAUUUGUUGGACUCAUGGGCAAAAGAUCUUUAAAUUCUGGAUCUUCUGAAUGGAGUGCCCUGCAAAUGUUUGAAAGAAGACGCAAAUGAGACAGUUUCUAUUGUCCAUUGAAAUGUUUUAGUAGCCAGCUUAGUGUAAUGAAAAAUAGCCAUUGUAAGGAAUAUUUAUUUAUUUAUUUUUAAGAUGAAAAUUUCAAUCACAAUGAUUUCCUCUAUUGUGGCAGUGAUAUAUGUAUUAUAUGUCAUGGCAAGCUUUACAGUAACAUUUCUGAAUGGAAUAUAGAAAUCAGUGGUGUUUCGCAAGAAAGCACAUUAUACAUUGUGUGAAAGAAUGUUCAACUGUAAAAAAAAGUGGUAAGAAAUAAGAAAAAAGAGAAUCCUUUGUUAAUUUAGUGUUUGCUAAACCACCAAAUUGAUUUGUGAUCACAACAAUAACAAAAAAAGGAACAGCCCUGUAAUUUCUGUCAUCAAAAUUUGCUUGUAUAAGUGUAGCAUGUUUUUGUUUAUUUUGCCUAUAUAUAUAUAUAUAUAUAUAUUAAAGAAAUGAAGUGAAUUUAAAUGUCUUCACUUCAUUAUCUUAUACCUUGCCACAAUUCACAGAUAUCAGAUAAAAGUAACACUCUAUUCUGAGGGUUUUGGAAUACCAAUUUUGUGCAUAGAUAUCAUUAAUUAAAACAGGAGCACCAGAUCUCUUUUUUUUUUAAGGAAAAGUAAGGAUUGUGAAUUUUAUUAGAUUAUUUGAGUAUUGUCCAUUAGUCAAUCUUGCCAGAAUUUCUAGCACCGGCAUUUAUAGUUUAACAAUUAGCAAGUUGAGGAAGGCGUGAUAAGCAGAUUAAGAAUGGUCCAUGCAUGGUGACUUCAACUAAUCCAUAAACAAAUCUAGACAGGUGUGUGGUAGGUUAUAAGGAACUUCUAAAGUUGUCUAAAGUUUCUAAAUUUCUAAAGUUAAUACAGUAAGAUUUCAAGAUUCACAGCUGAAGAUAAAGCAGCUGCAGAAUUUUCUGACUUCCUUAGGUUUUCUUGCUUAUUAAGUGCCAUUAGGAAAGCAAUGUCAGGGAUGAGAAUCAUGAGGAUAAACUGCAGUUCUUGAACACACAUACACACCCCGAUUAUAUAGUCACAUCAUGGCUUGGUUUCAAAACCCCAAAUGACUAAAUAGAAUUGGAAAGUCCUUUCUAUUAGAUGAGCCCUGUAAUACUCAUCUGGAUUUUUGCAGACAAGAUUUGCUGUUGUGCAGGCCUACUGUCCCUAAUGUGAUGGCAAUCAUGUGAAAAAAUGCAUCAAGUUUAGGAUUCUACUAUGUGAACAAAACAAUGUGACUUACAGAGAGUUCUUACCACUUUUGAAACAUAUACAAUAAAUUUGCACAUCUUGCUUAGCCAUGGUAGAUCUUAUAUGAUUCACAGCUUCCCAUGUUGUACCAAGUUAAUCAACUGUGAUUAAGCAAAUCAUAUGUGAUCUUAUCUUUAUAUGAUAUAUAUAUAUAUUGAAUAUAAGCAGCCAGCACUUUUGUCAAUUCUAAAUCUACUGCCAAUCAAUUACUACAGUGAACCAUAGAUUCUAGGAUGAUGAUUUCCUAAUUUUUUGUGAAGGAAUGGAGUCCCAGGAAUAAACAACUUUAUAACGUAUUCUAACUUCCUCUUUGAAAACAGAGAAACCUGAAGUUGCAUUUUGCAAGCAACUCAGUUUUAUCACUUGCUAUUUUGAUCCUACAAAAAAAUCAUAUCCAGGUUUAGGGGGGAGAAAUCUUUAAAUGCUUUUCUUUAAAAAAGUUUAUAUGCUCUAUUUGGAUCGCUAUAAACUGCAAGCCUAUAUAGUAGUUUAGCUAAAAACUAAUAAA